AUGCAGGCGGUUUUGGUGGCCCAAGCUAGAGCCGUGCCAAUUCUCGUGGCGUUUGUCAGUGGCGCGUGGGUGGUGGGGGUGCCAACUGCGUAUCUCGUGGGCAUCCACUGGCACGUGGGGCUCCUUGGUGUGUGGAUUGGCAUGUCCAUUGGGUAUGCAGUCACGACCGCCGUGACUUUAUAUGGAGCCAUCACGGCCAACUGGGAAGCGGAAGCAGAUAAAGCUGUGCUUCGUAGCAAAGCCAAGCACGAGCAAAUCACCGAAACCACAACGUUGUUGAACGAUGAGCCGUAA